UCACGGCAGUCCGGUGAGCUGUCUUCUGUAUGCGUCACUGACGAUGGCCUCCGGUGUGGCGAUGAAAUUUCCCUCAGCCUCCCCAUCGUCAGCGCCAUACACCUAGUAAUGACACAGGCACCGCACAAGUGGACAACACAGGUAUGGCUCUCUGCGUGUGUGUGUGUGCAGGUGAUAGCUUACCUUUGCGGCAGCGGCUUGUCUGAUGCGGGCCAUGGCGUGGUUGAUCUCGCGGAGCGAGUGCAGCAGCCGAUAGCCGCAGUCGUUGUCCUCGCGGCGACGCUCGCGCAUCCGCUCCGCCAGCAAGACUGACACAAACACUCAUCCAGCCAACACACGUGGCCACAUGCCACCUCAUGGAUGUGUCUCUCUCGUUCACCUGAUGUGUCUGACGCCUGUUUGAGUGCCUUGUCGAGGUCUUUGGCGCCGUACUUGGGCACGGUGUAUGCGAUUCGCACGGGGACGGGCUCGCUGGCCUGGCGGACGUCCUGGUAGUCGAGUCGGUAGAGGGGGUGGUUGGAGGUCGAGGGCGACAGCAGACGCUGUGCCAGGGGCAGGGCGCCGUCACACACCACCAGCGACACAGCCAGACACGUGGCAGCGGCAGCGAGACACGCGCGAGACGACACCAUCAU